CCACCAAACUUUGCAGCGCAUAAUGAAGUGCACACCGCAUUCAUCUGGAUGGCAAACAUAAUAAUUAACAGACCGUGGGGAAGAUCUACACCCUCCUGGGGGCCGUUCCAGUUUUAUUUGACGGGAUAAUGUGGAUUCCCUUGACAAGAUGCUCAACUUUCUCCUCCGUUUCAUGUCUCCAGUGGUGAUACUUGCUGUGCUCGCCGCCGUAACAAAGGAUAUUGAAAGCCAGCAGAUUCCAAAAGGCAUCGAGUCGUCUACCCCACUGCCUGUUUAUCCUGCAGUCAGAUUCCAAGUCCUCAAUGUUGAUCAUGUGGUUCUGAGGCAGGACAGUUCUGGGCUUCUGGGGAACUCUAGCCUGAAGGUUCACACACAGACAUUCCUCAUCACUGAUCCAGGCCCAGGUUCACUAAAGCCAGUUCUGAAUGCCUCAUAUGGUCCACACAGUGUGGAUGCCCCCAUUCCACCGGAGUUGCUCCUCAGUGGGCGUCGGAUCGUCUCUUUCAUUUUAGGCCGCCAGGUCCGAUCCUCAUCCCCAGCUGUCAAGAUCCUCUUCCACAUGCCACGCAAAGGUGAUGGUGCUCAGGAAAAGAUGACGGAUGGAGCUCAUUGUGUGACAGCUUAUGCCUUUUGGGGGACUAGGGAGGUCCGCGGGGCAUGCCUGGUGUCUCCGGGUAGGUUCUGCGUGGCGGAGCUAAAGCCCGAACCGGCCUGGUUUAGCUCGUCCACUCGAUCCGGCAGCUCCAGCAAAGAGGCUGGGCGACCCGAAGCCAUAAAGGGGCUUCAGGGCAAUCUCGUGGAGGUCUACUUCCAAAGUCGCAUGGAUCAGACAGGCCGGUGUACGCCACAGGAUAGCCUGCAACGAGUUGGAGUUGGGAGAGCAGGGGUCAAGGAAGAGUCCGGAACACCCAUGAGAAGAAUAGGAAGUGUUAGCCUGCUUAAAACUCCCCCUGGAAAUCCAACCUUUUCUCGGCUCAGAUUAGGGGGUGUCUUGGUCAUCCAGACUUCCUCCAAGCCCCUGAAAACUGAUGAUAUUCUGACUUUUUACGUCUUCCUGGCAAGUACCUCUACAUUGGAGGGUUUCACACUUAGGGCCACAGUCAAGCCAGGGUUGUCGUUCAGCGCCGUGCGGCCCAGUGACGCGAUGGUGUGGGACGUCAAGGCGGAGCCCGGCAGAGUCGUCAUCCCCAACACAGUCUCUGUUGUUUGCCAGAGGAAGGUUCCGGUCACAGCAAAGCGGGGUCUUUUUGAAGUUUUCCAACUGGACUUCGUGCCAAAAGACAUCUCAGACCUGGUUGAGACCCACACAAUCUCCUGGAGACUAGACCAGCCGGGCAACGUCAGGGAUGUGGGCCAGAUGCGGAUCUACACUACUCAGAGAGACUUUGUGGGACUGGCUCCUCUGGUCAUGAGCACAGAUAUUUUGAAUACUGCCAUGCUAACAGGCAAAGCGUUGAAAGUACCUGUGAAAACUUUGGCUGUGGAGGCCAAUGGCUCCAUCACCGACGUAAGCAGUCUGACCAGCUGCAGGGCCACUGAAAAAGAGGUGAUCAAGGUGUCCGAGCGCUGCGACUACGUGUUUGUCACGGGCAAGGAGUCAAGAGGCAAGAGGCGAGUGAUGAUCAACUUCACUUACGGCUUCCUGAGCGCGCAACUGGAGAUGAGCGUGUGGAUGCCCCGCCUGCCGCUGCGUAUCGACGUGGCCGACCCCGAGCUCAACCAAAUCAAGGGCUGGAGAGUGCCCAUUACCACUAGCAACCGAAAGCCCACCUGGAAUAGUGAAGAGGAGGAGGAGAUGCGGAAGGGCAGGGGUUGCAUGCUACAAUAUCAGCACUCCACACUCAGGGUGCUUACACAGUUUGAGGCUGACUCAGAUGCAUUGCCAGACUUGCUCACUGGGGCAAAACCUGUUGAUUAUUUCCUGGGUCCUGAUUGGCAGGUCGACGUGACCAAUCUAGUGCGCUAUUCUCUAAAAGUGGCUAACCCAGAUGUGGCCUGGGUUAAGGAUGGAGAGGUACUGCAGGGCCGCGCUGUGGGCGCAACCACCGUUCAGGUCCUCUCCCCACUCACAUCAUCAGUCCUAGGCGAGAAGGCCGUCACAGUGGUUGAUGAUAAAGUGAGUGUGACGGAGUUGGGGGUCCAGUUGGUGUCUGGACUUUCGCUGUCCCUGCAGCCCAGCCCACUGAGCAACAGUGCCAUUGUUGCCAUGGCAACCACUCGGGAGACAAUCACGCAGCUCAAACAGGAAGCUGCUGUCAAUUGUUGGGUCCAAUUCAGUGACGGCGCCAUCGUCCCCCUGGCAAUCUUCGACGGCAGUAUCUACUCCUUAACAGUCUCUACCCCGGAUGAGGCUGUGGCUACCAUUCGCCGCACUCCGCAGUUCACGUUUGCUGUGGCGCAAGGCGAAGGCCAAGGUCAGGUGGCCCUAGUCAGGGUGGAGCUGAGGAUCUGCGAGGAAUGCCAGAAGUCGAAGAGGAAGAGCAAGUUAGUUGUAGGCGCAGGGCUCCUCCGGAUGAAGUUCCAGGGUGCUGGUCAAAGUUUUGAAGGAAACAUUGGACUUGGUAAAGAGAAAAAUAGAUAUAACGGGGGCACUUCAGAAAUUGCGGGAGAGGUUAAAACAACAGUGACAUCACAGCGGUUUGUCACAGAUGCAGAUAAAGCUGUCUUAAGGACUGUACCAGAAACUAGCACCUUGACCAAGUUCUUAACCGCAGCUGUUCAGUCACGCGUUUCUUGGACUGGAUCAACCAACAAAUCGACACAAAAUUCUGAAUUUAUGGGCGCUCCUACUUCCACUAUUAUUGUAGACAGAUCCCCAAACACUACCGGACCUACUGAUAUUAAAUCUGGAGUUUUUGAUAAAGGAGAACAGAGCAGAGGCUUUGGAAAUAUGGUCGACAAUCCAAAUUCACCCCCAAACAAAGGCAUCCCCAAAGCAGAUGUUUCAGCCAAGAAAGAACCACCUAAGGCCAAAUCCCCCAAAUUCAUUGAGAGCGACCUAAUACAGACAUUUCGGUCCAUGUCCGACUUGGAAAUAGGCAUUUAUUCUUUAGUGGCUGUCUUGUGUAUCGCUAUCUUGGGAUUUUUGCUUAACUGCGCCUCAUAUAGACUUUGUUUUCGCAAUCACAAGAGCCCUGUACAAGCAGGGCCGACACCCAGUGGGGAUCCAAAUGAUCAUAAGCAUGACUGGGUGUGGCUCGAGAGCAACAAUCAGCACCUUCCGGCUCCAGGUGCACCAGCUCAAGUGUCAACGUUGACCCGCCGUUCAACUGACUCCAAAGGCCAACGCAGCACGGACAGCCCUUUACCCGCUGUGGGCCACGCUGUCGUCGGCAUUCCUGAAAGAACUGCCACCUUGGGGCGCAACAGAACCGGCUCCCAGCAGCAGCUGCACAGAAAGGUUGUCGACCCGAUGGCGAACCGUUCGGCCACCCUGUUGGCGAGGCCACACCGCAGCGAGCCUCUCCACUCCCCCACCAGUAAGAGGAACCAGGUCCAGUUCACCACCUUCACCACGCUGGACAUCAAGCACUUGGCUGCGCUGAAAAAGAACGGUAUGGACUUUCACUGGACUAACCAGCAGCAGCAGGUCCAGUUCCAGCAACAAGCAUCCCCUGCUGACCCACAAAUGCCAUUACCUGACAUGCCGUGGCCCAUCGUCAAACCUCUUGGAGAGCCCCAGUGAAUUUUAGGGCUGUCCAGACCAAAUCCACAGAAGCAAGUACACUAUUAAUGCACCCAUCCAUUUUAUAUACCCUUUCCGUUUGGGUCGACCCCAGUCAAUCACAAGCCACGUGUAGAAAACCACUUACAUCCACGCCGAAAGCCAAUUUAGGGGCAGUGGACCUACUGUAACGUGCAGGAUAUAUUUUUUUUUUUUAAAUGUUGGAGGAGCUCUUGUAAGCUCAGGGGGGAACAUGCCCAGAACCUCACAAUUCUGACGCAGACAUGCUAACCAAUAGAACACUAAAAUGAAAUAUGUGAUAUGAGGAAGGUACGCAAGUCAGAAAGUAAUAGUGCACGAAAGAAAAGACGACAAUCACGAGUGUAUAUUUACUAUACUUGUAAUAAGGAUUUGUAAAUAUGAAAACUUUUAUCUAUUUCUUGAAUUCGAGCCCAAGAACUUUCUCUUACAAAAAAAAAACAAAACAAAACACUUGUGUAGGCGCUGCAAAUACAUCAAAGCAGAUGCAGUAUAGGAGAGAAUAUUUCUGGCGGAUUUAUUGUUUCUUUAGCCUUGUUUUUAGACUCCUCAGAACUCCUGCGGACUUUUGUGCAAUCGGUCAGAGAAUACGCAGCAUUUGUUAUGUUCAUUUUAGCGGUCAGCACCCCACCUUAUAUUUAUGGAAAUGAGAGCGUGUUAUGCAAAUGCAAUCUUUGCAAAGUUUUGUUGUUUUUAAUGGUGAUUGUUUAGCCUUCUUGUCCCGAGAAUAAAAAACAAAUGUAUAUUCAGCA